GGGGAGAGCGAGUUAUUAAUUCCGAGAGCUGAAUGACCGACGCACACUAGAGCUGCCGGCACCGAUGUCUGCAAAGGCCCUGGAAAGACCGAUGGCCGAGGGGCAGCCCGACGACGCCAAGGGCGCGGUACUGAUGCCCAGUGACUCGGUACCCGAGGGCACGCCGCAGGUCAGAGGCUACGACUUCAACGGCGGCAUCGACUACGAGAAGCUGCUGCAGAGCUUCCUCACCACGGGCUUCCAGGCCACGCACUUCGGGCAAGCGGUGGGCGAGAUCAACAACAUGAUAGACAGCAGGCUCGCCACCCCUGACGGUUGUGUCAUCUUCCUGGGAUACACGUCGAACCUGAUCAGCUCUGGAGUGCGCGAGACCAUCCGGUAUCUGGUGCAGCACAAGAUGGUCGAUGUCGUCGUCACCACAGCAGGAGGCAUCGAAGAGGAUUUCAUUAAAUGUUUGGCUCCCACCUACUUGGGUGAUUUUAGCUUGAGAGGGGCAGACCUGAGGCCGCGGGGUAUUAACCGGAUUGGAAAUCUCCUGAUUCCUAACAAUAAUUACUGCAUGUUUGAAGAUUGGGUCACACCGAUUCUGGACCAGAUGGUGCUGGAGCAGGACACGGAGGGCACAAAGUGGACCCCGUCCAAGAUGAUCGCCCGCCUGGGCAAAGAGAUUAAUCACCCAGAUUCUGUGUACUACUGGGCUCAAAAGAACGACAUCCCGGUGUUUAGCCCGGCUCUCACCGACGGCUCCCUCGGGGAUAUGAUGUAUUUCCACUCCUACAAGAAACCCGGGCUGAGGCUGGACAUUGUGGAAGACAUACGCAGUCUGAACUCACGUGUGAUUUUUGCAAAGAAGACGGGGAUGAUUAUCUUGGGUGGAGGACUCAUCAAGCACCACAUUGCCAACGCCAACCUGAUGAGGAACGGUGCUGAGUAUGCGGUUUAUGUGAACACGGCCCAAGAGUUCGAUGGCUCGGACGCCGGAGCGAGGCCGGACGAGGCUGUGUCCUGGGGGAAGAUCCGCAUAGACGCCCAUCCCGUAAAGGUCUAUGCGGAUGCCACCCUGGUCUUCCCCCUCUUGGUGGCGCAAACCUUCGCCAAGAAGCACACGGAGUUGACCGGUCAGACGGUGAAGAAGGUGGAGCAGGACUGAGAAGAUUGUGGCGGUGGAAGUGGGGGAGGGGCAGAUCCUGGAACCCAACACCCCCUAACAUUCCAACUCGGAAUGUCCACCUGUGAGGACGGGCCAGGACCGGGGCAACUACGGCCAUUCACAGAACACCACCAACCCGCAGGGACCCCGGGACGCGUAUAAGAAUAGAUACGGCAGCGUCUCUGGGAUAAAGAUAUGUAAAUACGGCUCUGCUGAUAACCAAGGCUGCGCUUUUACUUAAUUUUAUGAUUUUUCUCCUGUUAUUUAAGUUGUAUGUUUGCGUGUGGAGAUGCCGAGAAAGCUUAUGUGACUUGCGUGUGGAAAAGAAGAAAAGCGUGUGAAAAAAUAAAAGCGGCGAUCUCCAAAGACACAAAA